CCCUCCGUUCCAACCUCCAACCGACGCCAACGACUUCAACUCCAAUCCAUUCCGUUCAACGUUUCCGGCCGCCGCAACGUGCGACUGACCGACCGACUGGAAGCUCCGCCUCGCACGCCUCUUGUCUUUGUCUACCGGCUCGCCCAGAAGAAUAUGGUUCUCCCCAUGUCGCGGGCGACGAGGCUGGUGCCGGAGCUGCCGCUGCUGCGGCGGGGCAGGCGCGCGCAGGUGGCGGACGACGGGGAGCUGGCCGUGCCGGCGCACUUCCGGUGCCCGAUCUCGCUGGAGCUGAUGAAGGACCCCGUCACGGCGCCCACGGGCAUCACCUACGACCGGGAGAGCGUGGAGGGGUGGCUGGCGCGGGGGCGAGGCACGUGCCCCGUCACCGGCGGCCCCGUGCGCCUCGCCGACCUCGUCCCCAACCACGCCACGCGAAGGAUGAUCCAGGACUGGUGCGUCGCCAACCAGGCCGAGCGGGUGCCCACGCCCAAGGUGCCCGUCGCCGAGGCCGACGCCGCCGAGGUGCUCGCCGCCGUGUCCACCGCCGCCAGGCGCGGCAACGCCCCUGUGUGCGGGCAGCUCGCCGCCAGGGCUAGGGCGAUCGGCAAGGAGAGCGACCGCAACCGCCGGUGCCUCGCGGCCGCGGGCGCCGCUCGCCAGCUCUCGUCGGCUUUCCAGAGCCUCGCCGGGGAGCCCGUGGAGGGUACUAGCGCCGCCGUUCUAGGCGCGCUGGGGAAGAUCCUGGCGGCACUCACCGUGUUCUUCCCGCUCGACGACGAGGCGCGGCGCUGCAUUGCCUCACCGGCCUCCCUCAAGACCCUCGUCUCGGUGCUCUCCCACGGCGACCUCGCCGCGCGGGCCAGCGCCGCCAUCGUCCUCCGCGAGCUCGCCUCCUCCGCCGACCGGCACACCGUGGACGUCAUCUCGAGGACGCCCGGCGUGUGCAGCGCGCUCGUCGGCCUCGUCAGGAACCCCGUGUCCCCGCAGGCCACCAAGGCCGCGCUCGUCACGGCCUACUACCUCGUCUCCGGCAGCGACCGCGCGGCGGCCCGCUUCGCCGAGCUAGGCACGGUGCCCGUCGUGGCGGAGCUCCUCGUGGACGCCGACAAGGGGACGAGCGAGAAGGCGCUGGCCAUGCUCGACGGCGUCCUCUGCGCCGACGCCGGCCUCGAGUCCGCGCGCGCGCACGCGCUGGUCGUGCCGGUGCUGGUCAAGAAGAUGUUCCGCGUGUCCGACAUGGCCACGGAGUUCGCCGUCUCCGCGCUCUGGCGCCUCUGCCGCGGCGCGGACGCCGGCGCCGGCGCGUGCUGCGCCGAGGCGCUGCGUGUGGGCGCCUUCCAGAAGCUGCUCCUGCUGCUCCAGGUGGGCUGCGGCGGCGUCACCAAGGACCGGGCCAGCGAGCUGCUCAAGCUGCUCAACGGCUUCAGGGGCAGCGUGGAGUGCAUCGAGACGGUGGACUUCAGGGGGCUCAAGAGGCCAUUUUGAUCGGCGUAGAUGCUGGAUUUUUUGGCGUCUGCUUUCACCUUUUAGAUUGUUUUGGGAGCUAGAUUAGAUGUGUGCAUAAAACAUACUCCAGGAUGACUAGAUUUUGAUUUUUCUUUACACUGUAAUUGCAUACUCGCACACAAAAUGAUCAACACAGAAGAGGACUGAACAUUGUUUAAUUGUUGCCAAUA